GAGGGGGCGGACGUCGCACCUAAACGCCCACCGCGCAGUUCGAGCAGCAGCGGCGACAGACAGAGCGCGAGAGGGACAGAGCGGCGCGAGCGCGAGCGCGCGGAGGACACUCGGGCAGCGCGACACUCUCUCUCUCUCUCUCUCUCUCUCUCUCUCUCUCUCUCUCUCUCUCUCACACACACACACAAACACAAAAAACACGCACAAUAACCGCCACUGAAACGCUGCGAGCCGCAGGAGGAGCUCCUCACACCCCGCGGAAGAGUAAACCUGCGGGCACCAGGUAAACCGGGAGCGGUGGCGCUAUGGAUUCCUUGCCUGACCCCUUCAGCCUGGAGCACACCCAAGUCUUCUCCUACGGGUUGUAUAGCAGCCUCCCCGGGUCGGCGCCCUCCGCGCCCCGCUACGCUGGCGGCAACCCCCCUUCCCACCCCGUCGCGUCCCAUUUUCUGCGCUCCUGCGGCCCGCAGGCCUUCGGUUCCUACGGUCGCCGUCAUGCCAACGAGGGCUCGGAGGAGUCCGGCUCUGACAGGGAGGGAAGAGAGGGGGAGGAGCACGAGGAGGAGCGGAUGAGGAGGGGUGCAGUUGCUGCUGACUUUCCUGCCUUGGUUGGACCGUCCUUGUCUCUGCUCCUGCCCAGAGGGAAAAGACUGCCCUCCUGUGUGGCAGGAGACUUGUCCCCAGAUCUUGUGAGAGAGAAGCGGGUGUGUACGGAGAGCGUUGACAAGGGAGCUGCUGAGAGAGAGGAGGCUAACGGCAAGGAGAGGGGGAGGAGUGUGGAUGGGCAGGGGAUGCCGGAGAGGAGAGCCGGGGUACGGGGGAAAAAGGGGGCCAGGGAGGGUCGACUGCGCCAGAGACAGGAGCUGAAGGUCUUGCUGCGGGAGACCAGGGGGAAGCUGUUGGAGCUGCAGGAGAGAGUGUGGAGGGCAUACGGGGAGCGCUGGAGGGACGGGGAGGGGCAGCGCGCUGCCAAGGGAAGUGGAGAUGAUGGAGGGAUAGCCCGCGACGAAAGCGCAGAGAUAUUUUCAGAGGAAGAGGAAGCGAGCGACCAAGGGAUGUCCCAGAAGUCCCCUAUGCACCACCUUCCUGAUAACGACGCGGAGGAGAGGAGGGAUCGCGGCCAGAACGACGACGCCGGUUCCCAACGGACGGCGCUUGCCGGCGGCAGCCUGUGGCUGGACUGCGGCCUGGUUCGAGGGGAGUGGGAGGCGGGCUCUGAGGGAGGACCCAAAUUUGCACAGACCCUGAAGCAGGAACUGAGCAGCGCCGUCGCCAGGGUCAUUGACCGGGUCACCCGCCUCUACGCUCAAAGCGGACCGUCCUCCGCGGCAGACCUGGGCCCGGCGGAAGGGGAGGGGGCGAAGCUGGAGAACGCGUCCAGGGUGAACAAGGCUGCUGUCUCUCUGGAGCGCUGCGAGGCCUUGCCCUUGGUGUUGAAGAGGCCGCAGGAAAAGAAAGCGACGCAGAACCCCAGCAGCUGUCAAAACCCGCUCCUCCCCCAGCUGAACCCCACCUUGCCCCAGAUGCCACACAGCCAUGUCCCCGCACUUCUGCCCACCCAUUCCAAGGACCCCUUCCUCGCCUCAUUUCCCCCGGCUCCCCCUCCCUUACCUCUCCCUGUGCUGCACUACACCAUGCAGCAUUUGUUCGCCCGCUCCCUGUCUACCCUGCCGCUCCACAAAGACUGCCUCUCCCCGGACACCUUCUUGGACUUCAGCCCGCACGCCCCCUCCUUCCCACCACUCCCGCUAAUGGGGCAACUGGACGGCUCUCUCCCGGCCUCCGACAGGGACGGCGGUAGGCGAGGGGCGGCGGGAGGGGCGGGGAGCGGCUACGCAGAUGGAGGAGACACCUCGCUCUAUCUCCCCGGGGGUUUGUCGCAGGAAGGCCUGUCUCCUUGCCACCUGAAAAAGGCCAAGCUCAUGUUCUUCUACGCACGCUACCCAAGCUCGAACACCCUCAAGACCUACUUUCCUGACGUGAAGUUCAAUCGCUGCGUCACCUCCCAGAUGAUCAAGUGGUUCAGCAACUUCCGGGAGUUUUUCUACAUCCAGAUGGAGCGCUUUGCCAGGCAGGCAGCGCGCGAGGGGCUGGCGGGGCGCGGCGAGGCCGCCCUGCGCCUGGGCCGGGACUCGGAGCUCUACCGCAUCCUCAACCUGCACUACAACAAGAGCAACGACUACCAGGUGCCCGACAGGUUUGUGGAGGUGUCCGAGCUGGCGCUCAGGGAGUUCCUCAGCGCCAUCCAGGCAGGGCGGGAUGCUGACCCCUGCUGGAAGAAGUCUAUAUACAAGAUCAUCUGCAAGCUGGACAGCCCUGUGCCGGACAGCUUCCGCCUGCCGGGCUGUCCUGUGGGCGUGGUCAAUAUUGUGUGACUUCCGCACACACACACACGCACACGCACACGCACACACACACACACACACACACACACCCAUUUGAGCACCUUCAACAUUACAGUCCGACACACAGCGAAAGUACACACUUAUGAUGAUGUACUGCAAUAUCGUGUAACGCCAACAGCUGAUACAUGGUCAAAAGGACAUCGCAUUCAAUCAUAAUACUCAAAAUACAAAAACAGUAAACAAAAAGGAGGGAACAGUUAAUAAUAAUAAUGGAAAGAUUGCGGUUAAGGAUACAAACCUGCAACUACACUGGUGAGAGCUUAACCGCUCAAGGAGACCUAUUAUUGUACACUUGAGAGGGGUUCUGGACUAUCGCAUCAUUCAAAUUAUCUGGUAAAUUCAUAUAAUUUUAAAGUUUGGAUAAAAGAAGGUUGAUAAAUUAUUUAAUCUGUAAAGACAAUACUAAUAACCAUAAUCAUAAUUGCCUAUGCCUAAAAUGCAGGAGUAUGCUACAGGACAUCAUGUUGUCCUGGAGAUAAAUUACCAGGAAUUUAUAGUAUAAUGCCGAAAUAAAGUUGAGCCCUGCGUUCAGUUGGCACACGGUAGAUUUCUAACAACAGCAUCACUUUACAUUUUGUCGUUCCUAUUAUUUUGUGUGUGUGU